CCUACUUACUGUAAUGGCAAGAACCAAGCAGACCGCUCGUAAAUCCACCGGAGGAAAAGCUCCCAGGAAGCAGCUGGCAACCAAAGCUGCCCGUAAGAGCGCUCCAGCCACCGGCGGAGUUAAGAAGCCUCACCGUUACAGGCCCGGUACCGUGGCUCUGAGAGAGAUCCGCCGCUACCAGAAAUCCACAGAGCUGCUGAUCCGCAAGCUGCCCUUCCAGCGCCUGGUCAGGGAGAUCGCUCAAGAUUUCAAGACCGACCUGCGCUUCCAGAGCUCCGCCGUCAUGGCUCUUCAGGAGGCCAGCGAGGCUUACCUGGUGGGUCUCUUCGAGGACACCAACCUGUGCGCCAUUCACGCCAAGAGGGUCACCAUCAUGCCUAAAGACAUCCAGCUGGCCCGUCGUAUCCGCGGAGAACGUGCUUAAAUCACAUCAAUAUUAAUUACACCCAACGGCUCUUUUAAGAGCCACCUACAUUCAUCUAAAGAGCGGUUCUUUUAAUAUU